AUGGCCACGCAAAAGGGACUCGUCGUUGAAAAGGCCGGCGCGCCGUUCACCGUCGUCGACAACAUCCCGCGCUCCAAGCCGGGCCCCAAGCAGGCGCUGGUCAAGUCGCUCUUUGUCGCCAUCAACCCCGUGGAGGUCUUUAUGCAGCAGACGGCCAUCCUGACCACCGCCCUGCCCGCCGUCCUCGGAUCCGACUUUGGCGCCAUCGUCCUCGAGACGGGCAGCGAGUGCAAGAAGCUCCACAAGGGCGACUACGUGUUCGGGUCGUGCAACCUGGGCCAGAAUGCGUACUCUCCGUUCCAGGAGACGUUUCUGGUCGACGAGGAUGCUGCCUUUAGGAAGAGCGGCAACAUCUCCGUUGAAGAGUCCACCACCAUGGGCGUUGGCAUCCUGACUUCGUCAUUUGGCAUCAUCGUUGGUGGCAAGGUCGCUCUGCCCGAUGCAGAGGCGACUGUCCCUGAGCGCGACGAGUGGAUCGUUGUCCUCGGCGGCAGCGGCACGGUCGGCCACUUUGGCAUCCAGAUUGCACGCGCAUGCGGAUACAAAGUCGCCGCCUCGUGCUCCCCUGCCAAGUCCUCUAAAGUGCUCGCCAGCGGCGCCAACGCCGCCUUUAGCAACCGCGCUUCGCCCGACGAGCAGGCCGCCGAGGUCAAGUCCAUCACCGGCGGAAAGGUCGGCCUCGUGUGGGACAGCAGCGGGCAGGCGCACGAGGCGGGAUUCAAGAUCCUUGCCGAGUCGACUGCGCAGGCCAAGUACUUUAGCACCACAGACAAUGUCAACAACUACACCGUCCCGCCUGGCAUCAACGAGUACCAGGUCAGGAUCGGCAUGCUCGGCCGAGACACUGACAUUGGCAGGCACAUUAGCGAGGAGACUGUCAAGCUGGUUCCUGUCCUGGAGGGGCAUGUCGCCAAGGGCACGCUCGGACCUGUCGAAUUUGACGUUUUCGACGAGUCUGGGUGGGAGGCGCUGGUCGAUGCAAUCAAGUAUUACGCCGAGGGCAAGGCGGCCAAGAAGCUUCUGGUCCGCCUGCAGGCCGUAUGA